AAACACUUGAGUCAUGUGCAGAACACAUUCACAUCCGCAACGUCAACCAGUCCUCAGACUAGACGUCGAACCUAUAGGUAGGUACGACCGGCUGCUUUCACCACUUCAAUGAGAUUUUGAGGAAAUAUCGCAAUCAAAAUGACACAGUUCGUGAUGAUUAAUGGUGCCAACCUGGCGUACGAGAUCUGUGGCCCUGAUGGUGGCCUUCUCAUGAUCACGCUCCACGGAGGACGAGGGAUGGGGGAUCACAGGAAAGAUUUUGAAGUUUACGGCCAGCUGAGUGACAAACUCCGCGUCUUGUCAUUCGACUACCGAGGACAUGGCCAGAGCUCGCGCACCAAGCCCUACACCUUUGAGCAGAUCGUUGAUGACAUUGAAGGGAUGAGGAAACAUUUCGUUGGACCGGACAAGCAAGUUAUCAUAUGCGGCGGAAGUUUCGGCGGCUUCCUUGCCCAACAGUAUGCUAUCAAAUAUGCUCCUUUUGUAUCUCAUCUGAUCCUGCGAGGCACAGCGCCUUCGCACCAUCAUGAAGAGGGUGCCAUCAAGCAUUUGGAAGAGCGCAUGGCCAAGGCGCCAAACUUUUCCGUGGACAUGCUACGGAGCAAGGUCUUUGGCGCUUUCAAAGACGACGAAGAGUUCAAACUCGUUCACUUCGCCAUGUUGCCGCUAUACAGCGAGAAGUACACUGCAGAUUCCGGACUGCGCACAUGCUUAAGCACUAUUUACGUCGCCGAAUCACACAACAGCUUGUACUCGGAAGAGGAGAAGUAUUUCGACUACACAGAUAAGCUAGACACAAUCACGGCGAAAACGCUUGUUCUGGUCGGGGAUCGCGAUUGGAUCUGCCCCAUAGAAAAUUCAAGAGUGAUUACUGAGAAGAUCCCCGACGCCAAGAUUUUUGUCGUCGAAGGCGCAAAUCAUGGAGUUCACGCCGAGCGUCCUGACCUAGUGCUGCCGGAAAUCAGGAAGCAUGUCGGUAUUUGAAGUGGGAUUGGAACAUGGGUGUGGCCUACGACUUGGGAGCUGAAAGAGACAUGACUGCGAAUGAAUUUAUCAAUGAUAUGUGAAAGAAUGUAUUUAUUUAUUAUUCUUACUCUUUAGCCAGUACCGAUUAUCUACAUUACCACUG